AUGGGCUCGCACAAGAAGGGAGCCGUCGUUUCGCCGACGAGUACGUUCGAGGAGGUGGGACGGAUUUUUCAGCAAGUGCAUCAGAGCGCCGCCCACGCGCAGAAAUGCAAGAGUAAGCUCAUCAGCCUUGGCCAGCAGAGCGCGCCGCAGCUCUGUCGAGAUGUCUGCGCUGUGGUGCUGCUGGUCAUGAGGCAGGUGGCUCAAAUCACGCCUGAGGCGAUGCGCCGGCACUACGCCUUCAUCACGGAGCUCUGCAAGGCCUUCCGCGAGUCCUUCGAGUCGGACCAGCUGGCGAUUGAACUGCUGAAAAGCAUUUCAGUCUUUCACAAUGCGAUUGACAAGGCGGUGCGACUGGCCGUCGUAUCCACCUUCGAGGCUCUACUCAGGACAGUGGAUCAAAACAAUGCGUCAGAGGAGCGGCAGGACUUCUACCAGGAGGCCGCAGAGCUGCUGAAGCAGCGGGUACAUGACAAGUGCCCGCAGGUUCGUGCAAAGGCGGUUGCCAGCGUGGCCGCCUUCCAGUCCGGAAAAAAGGACUGCGACGUAACACAGCAGCUCAUUGCAUUACUCUGCUGCGACUCCAACGCUGAUGUGCGCAAGCAGAUUCUUCACGCCAUUGCGCCGCGCAAGGAGUUCCUUGAGGGGUACUUUCACAGCAUGAUUCGCUGCAUCCGCGACGUCGUGGCGCGCGUCCGGGCGGAGGCAUGGGAUGCGCUAGGCCGCUUUCCCUGGCGCUACAUUACUGCCUACGCGAGCGCCAAGGGAGUGAAGAUGCCGGAGCUGCUGGCGGCUGGGCUUGACGACGCCAAUGCCUCAGUCGUCAUCGCCUGCAGGGCCGCGAUCACGAACUGCUGGGUGCACCGCGACUGCAAGGAUGCCUAUGAAGAUUUCAUGAACAGCAUUGCGUGCGGGUACGUGCUCCCGUCGCUGCCUCCGUACGAGCGCAUCAGUGCGGUGUUGCUCUCGUACGCGCAGAAGCGCAAGACCGGCACGCACUUUUUCUUAAAGCUCGACGACAUCAACACGGCGGGGCUGUUUUUAUGGAAGGCGGACUGCCAGUUGUCAUGCGAUACCGAGGGCGAGGACGAGACCCAGCUACUGCCGCCACUGGAGCAAUUCAGCGCCGUUCUCCAGGACACUGUGUACGCCUACGCGCGCCCCGAUGCCGAGCCCAGGACGGUCAAAUUCCGCAGCGUCGAGGACGCCGACAACAUGCUGCGUAUUCUGCUCUCUGUCUUUGACAUCUACGAUGACAACGCCUACUUGGCACAUGCCGACAACACCACCCGCGCAUCGUUGCUGCGCCUCAUUAAUUUCAUCUUGAAAGUUGUGCCUGACGAAGACCCGUCGCUCUUCUUGGACGUCACAGUGCGCGCUCUCAAGUCGCUCACGGCCCGCACGCCGGAAGAGUCUACAAAAACGAUUACGUCCGCGCUCGACUCGCUCUUCCGAAGCCUGAAACUGCCACAGCGACACACUUUGGGCUUUGAGGAUGUGGAGGCGAUUGGCCGUAAGAGCCGCGAGCGGCAGCAGGAGUUGGUGAGGCGAAAGGUCCUGUGGCGCGCGGGCGAGCUGCCGGAGGAGUCCUACACGGAGCUGAAGGAGGAGAUGGACAGGGAUGAGAAGUUUCUGCUGCGCAUGCAGCUCAUCGUCCUCGAGUUUCUCUCACACUCGCAGCGCGGGGACGCUAUUCCAAUGUUUUGCUACCACAUCAUUCAGAUGGGCCGGCACCUCGAUAACGAGAGCGUGCGCGUGGCGGCGAUCAAGUCACUUUGCUUGCAGUGCCUCAUCAACCCCGAGAGUGUCCACACCUUCAUACCGCUCAUCCUGGCCGAUUCGCAUGAGAAUGCUGCCGCUAAGACUGCCUGCCCAGAAGGGACCGGCAUGAGCCUUCCCAUCGCUGCCAUUGGUGUUAUCUUCGAUCUCAUCAUGGAGUAUGGACUGCGCUUCUUCGAUGUAGAGAAGCAGCCGCCAAAAGAGACGAGGGCGGUGUACAACGCAGAGAGCGAAAUCGAGGCCCGUCUGCAGCACGAGCAGAAGUUGGCGGAGGAGGAUGUGCACAAGGUGGGGAGCAAGCGUCUCCUAGCAACGCUACAAUCCUACCUGCAGCCGGGCAGCGAGGCCAAGCACACCAUCACGGCCUCCGGCUUCUGCAAGCUGCUGAGCUGCAACCGGCUUCCUGUAGAGGUGGUGUCGCAUGUUAUAACAGUGCUCCUUAUUCACUAUGCCGGUGCCAUGGCCUCGAAGAAGGAAAGCACCACCGCUGCGUACAUGGUGGACUAUCUCGGCACCUUCUUCCGCAGCUACGCCGCGAGCCACCCGAAGCGCCAGGUGCAGCUCUGCGAGGGUGGCAUCACCGCCUUCCGCGUGGUGCUCGAACGUAACAUCGUCAUGGCAUCGAAACUGAUCGAGUUCGUCGCGCGCCUCAGUGAUGCCUACACGCUGACCGUUAUCCGCGACAUUGACCCGCAGGCGGCGAAGCGCGCGACCAGAGACGUGGUGGAUGAGACAGCAGAUGUGGCAGAAGAGGAGGAGGCGCAGCGCAAGAGUAACCGCAUCAAUGCGACACGUUCUUCGAUGCAAUCAGGCCGUCUUUUCCGUGAGCUGAGCCGCUACUCUCUUCACGAGCGUCUCUCGCAAGAGCUGCUGGUCGAGUUGGCGAACAGCGAGCUCGUCGAGGGUCGCUCUGUCUGUAUGGAUGUUCUGGAGAGGUGCAUGUAUUUCUACAGCCUCGAACCCCAGCCCUUCUUACACCACUGUGCCGCCGCUGCAAUGCAGGCGACACGGCACGCCGACCCUAUUCUGCACGACCGUCUAGAGGCCUGGCAAGCAAGGCUUCGUCAGAGAUGCGCCGCUGCGGGCGCUGCUCCACAGUUGCACGGCACCGUCAGUGACGCCGAAAGCGCAGAUUCGCUUGAGCAGCGAUGGAACGAGGCGGUAAAGGCGCGCACCGAGAGGCGGGAUGCGCUGCUGGAGGCCGGCUUUGGGGGGUUCGCGUCCAUUCCCCCUCAGCUCGAUGUUGCCUCCCCCGUGGUGGUAAAAGUGGAAGCGGUGGAGUUGAAACGAGAGCGGUACUCAGACGUGUUCGGCGUGGAGUCGAUUGUGGGUCCUCGCAAGCGAUCGAGAUGCUGA